UGGUUUUCUCUGAUCGAAACGCUCGGAUGGUUCCAUUCGUUAGACCCGGACUCUCUUGGGCUUCAAGAUUAUGGAAAAAAUGUAGACUUUUACAGUGCAACACGUUUUUCGCCCAUUGAAGCACAGGCAGUCAUCAAACACAAAGACGACGGGUGGAAUUCUCGGGCACGCACAUGCAGGCUUCGACGAGGUGAUAGACUACGUUCGAAAGCACUUAUCGGGAAAUCGGCCGCAAUUGUGCACGGUGACUUUAAAUUUGGCAACGUGAUUCUCCAUCCAACUGAGCCACGUGUCAUUGGUAACCUAGACUGGGAACUCUCCAAGAUUAGCUAUUUUUCUGUGGACCUUGCUUUUACGCUCAGCCCAUUCUUG